AUGUGGACUUUCCUGGGCAUCGCCUCCUUCAUCUACGUGUACAAGAAGUGCGGGGACCUGCUGAGCUACGCCAACAAGGAGCUGCUGCUCUCCGCCUUCCUCUUCUUCUCCCUGGGCUUGCUGCUGUCCUACAGGUACCAUUUCGGGGGCCCCAGGCAGCAGCAGCGGCAGAAGAGCCACCCGGGGAUGCUCUCCGACCUCCUCUCGGCUCUGCCGCUCGUUGGCUUCUUCUGGGCCAAGCCCAACGCUGGGGCUCGGAGGUUUGAAGCCCCCGAAGCCCGAAAGGGUAAAAUAGAAGUAAACUGCUCAGACAUUCAUCUGACAGAGACUGCCACAAAUACAGCCUUAUCACCGCAGUACGAUCCAGAAAUUAUCAUCGUGGGUUCGGGUGUCCUUGGUUCUUCCUUGGCCGCAGUGCUCUCACGGGAUGGAAGGAAAGUGACUGUAAUUGAGAGGGAUCUGAAAGAACCCGACAGGAUAGUUGGAGAAUUGUUGCAACCUGGAGGCUUCAAUGCACUUAGAGACUUGGGUCUUGAAGAUACGGUAGAAGAUAUUGAUGCACAAACAGUAAAUGGCUACAUAAUUCAUGACAUAGAGACCAAGUCGGAGGUUGAAAUUCCUUAUCCAACAUCUGAAGAUGGCCGUGUUGUCAGUGGAAGGUCUUUUCAUCAUGGCAAGUUCAUCAUGGGGCUCCGAAAGGCAGCUAUGGCGGAGCCCAACGCAAAAUUCAUUGAAGGGACUGUGUUACAACUGCUUGAAGAAGAUGAUUGCGUUGUGGGUGUUCAGUACAAGGACAAAGAAACUGGAGAUACUAAGGAACUUCAUGCACCUCUUACUGUUGUAGCGGAUGGACUUUUCUCCAAAUUUAGAAAGAACCUGGUCUCCAACAACGUUACUGUUUCAUCCCAUUUUGUUGGUUGCAUUUUGAAGGAUGCAUCACAGUUUAAAGCUAAUUAUGCUGAACUUGUUUUAGCUAAAACUAGUCCAGUGUUAAUCUAUCAGAUUUCUUCAACUGAGACUCGAGUCCUUGUUGAUAUUCGAGGGAAAAUGCCAAAAAACUUAAAAGAAUAUAUGAUUGAGAACAUUCAUCCACAACUACCUGAUCACCUGAAGGAACCAUUUUUAGCAGCGGUUCAGAAUGAUCGUUUAAGGACUAUGCCAGCAAGCUUCUUACCUCCUUCAGCUGUUAACAAAAAAGGAGUUCUUCUCUUGGGAGAUGCAUAUAAUAUAAGACACCCUCUGACUGGUGGAGGAAUGAGUGUUGUUUUAAACGAUGUCAAAAUAUGGAGGAGCUUGCUCCAGGAUAUUCCAGACCUGUAUGAAGAUUCUGAUAUUCUUAAGGCAAAAAAAUCAUUUUACUGGUCAAGAAAAAAGUCUCAUUCUUUUGUAGUGAAUGUUCUUGCCCAAGCACUUUAUGAACUUUUUGCUGCCACAGAUGAUUCCUUGCAUCAGCUGAAGAAAGCCUGUUUCCAUUACUUCAGACUUGGUGGAGAAUGUGUCUCGGGGCCUGUUGGAUUGCUGUCUGUGUUAUCUCCUAAGCCAAUGGUACUGAUUGGGCACUUCUUUGCUGUGGCCCUAUAUGCUGUUUAUUUCUGCUUUAAGUCAGAGUCCUGGAUUACCACGCCUCGAGCAUUUUUCAGUAGUGGAGCUAUACUUUACAGGAGUUGCUCUAUAAUAUUUCCACUCAUUUACUCUGAAAUGAAAUCCCUAAUCUAUUAAGGGGAAAUGACUGGAAGAAGAAAACGUGAAGAUCACGAUGCCUUUAAAAUCUUUGGACACUGUACUAUUUAAUAUUGUAUUAUGUUUUCUUCAAAAUGCGAUUUCCUUGAUCAGGAUUUGACUUAAUUUUGGUUUUGUGGUUAUAUACAUAUAUAUUAUAUGUAAAUAUUCUUUCCUUUGCAAUUAAAAUUCAAAGAGGAGUUAGCUGUUUACAAGGACCAUAAUUAAGUGUUGACAUAUGGUAGACAAUUGCCAGUUUUGUCAGAAUUUCACCCCUCGCUUUAUCCAUUGCAGACUGCACCACUAAUAUUAAUAAACUGAAAAGUGAAAACUGUAAACCAUAUGCUGCUAUUAUCCUUCAUGCUUCUUUCUGUUCACUAGUUCCAUAAAAUAUUUCUUCAUUUCUGUCAAAUAUUGUACGAAAAUUCUUGAUUUGGGUUAUUUCAUUAGGAUCUGCUUCUGUUCUUUUCCAUUUGCAGCUAAGAUACUAGUAUGCUGGCACUUAAAAGGACACUAAAGAAUUUCAGAUUCUGAAUGUCACUGUAUCUUUAAUGUCAGUCGCUGUUGCAAAUGCCAUAUUACUCUUCUGAAAUCAUUCUUCACACCAGAAUUACUUUAACCGAGUACUAAUCAAACCAUGGUCAUGUCGACUACUGCAUUGCACCCAGGUACUGAAAGCACAUGGUUUUUGAAACUUUCUUCCCAUCUUGCUUGCUUUUAAAAACGUAGAGGUUUUGCUUUGUUUUGCUCGGUGUGUGUGCAAUUGGAGUUCAAUACUGCCACUAACUGAAGCACAGCAACGAACUGUGUCCAAUGCAACUUCAAUCCAGGCUGUUUCCAGUAGACAGUAAUCAUUAAUAUUACUUCUAAAAAAAAAUGUGAAGUACCAUGAAAGUGUCCUUUUAAUACUUGGAAUAUAUUUUCUUCUUCCUGUAGAAAUUACUGCAUGUUACUUGACAGUCCACGUAUUCCACUAUUGGCUACUAUUCCUCUCGAUGUUACCUUAACCAGUACGCUUUCUUUUGUUCUUGUGUUCUUCCAUUUUUUCCUUACCUUUCUUACGAUUGCUUUGUGUAUCACCAUGUGGCUUUUCUGUUUUGGCUUGCCUAAACAAUCAUGCAUCAUAGAAUCAUAGAAUAUCCUGAGUUGGAAGGGACCCUUAAGGAUCAUCAAGUCCAACUCUUGACACCGCACAGGUCUACCCGAGUUCAGACCAUCGGUGCAGCCAAGAGUUUAGAGAGCAGUAACAUUAUGUUUUUCUGUACUUAAAAAAACCUUUGGCUAUAUGUUUUAAAAAUGACAGAUUGCAUAAGCUGUAUAUAAACUUACAUUUUAUGUUGGAUUGUGGAAAAAAAUCUGUGGAGGGGAUAUUUUAGUAUUUUAUUUCACAGUUACUUCAAAUGACCAUGUUUUUUUCUAGAAGAGACAAAAAUGUAUAUAUUUUUCUAACCAUUAUCACUUUUGAUACCCUCUUGAAAUUAAAUAUAAGCACAUUCAUGAUGCAUGUAAACUUUAGGGUGAAGUACUAAUAUUUUCAGAUAUCAUUAUUCAUGGUAACUAAAUGAUGCCCCUUUAAGGCUAUACAAAGUUCACACAAUUUAUACAAGUGUUUUCAAAAUUUGUGACACUUUUAAAAGGAUUGACUACUUUUCCUAUUCUUUAAUAUUAUUUGCAGUCACUCUUUUUUAAAUUCAAGGAUAAGCAAUCCUGAGCCAAAUACACACCCUCAGCUAACCUAAAUAAAAUUUGAUAUCUGUAGCUUUUUCAA